UCGAGGCGAACGCGUCGUGUCGCGUCGGUCACGCCAUCUCUGGACAAAAUGCAUACACUAAUACUGGCAGCUUUAGCGGCCGUCACGACGGCCAUGCCUUCCUACAUAGCAGUCCCGGCUGACCAGAUCGCGUUCGUGGAUCUAUCUUCGCUACAUGUACGCCGUGUCCCGAGGCAGACGCUCUCGCCACCGCCGCUGACGCCUCAGCUGCCUCAAGCCUUGUACCAGCAAGAGUAUCAGCCUAUACCUCUGCAGCAGUACCAGCAGCAACCCGUAGCCCUGGCCCCGCCUGUAGAAAAUGAGGCCCCAGCAAGACUCGUAAGACUACAACAGCAACCACAAGAUGCUUCUGGAUCAGCAACAUACGGCGGAGCCUCACAAUUCGCGGAAAGACCACCAGACUUCGGAGAGUACGUGGAUUUCGGGGCCCACACCGGUGAUAAUGGGGCCUUCGGUUGGUACGCUGACUACCCAGUCAAUAACCAACAAGAUUCUAGCUACAGAAAGUAGGUAACAUAAGCAAGAUGAGCAAAUCCUACCGUUAGAAGGUGAAUCCCACUUAAUUAACAUUAACUUUUCAGUUUUUGUUAAACGUUAGGCUUUUGGUAACAUAGUUUCUUUUAAAAUAAGUGGGAUAUCUUAGGAUUGCUCUGACUCAAAACUUGCCAAUAUAGAGGUCUAUCUUGCCAAGCACUUGUUACUCUAAUAAGACCAAAGACAGUAUUAUUUCAAGUGAUAUUAUUAGGUUUAGGUUCAUAGCUGAAUAACCGCACAUUUGUUCAAAACGGUUCAUUCCGCUCAACGUUUUUAAAUGCACUUUCAAUGGUAGUUCCUGUCCUAUUAGAAUUAAGUUUACAAAGUACACUGUGAUACGUACUAGGUAGUUCUAUCUUCUUAUCUUUGCUUUCUUUUAUUUUAUCUUCAUCUUUAUUCUUCUUAACUUCUAUCUUUCCUUGCACUUCACUGUUAUGCUUGCUUUUUCACGCUUUCUUUAUAAAUUGUUGUACAAGUACAAUAUCAUCAUAAAUUUUAUUACUUAUCUACUCUUUUAUCAUUCUUAUUCAUUCAUUAUUUUCUUAUCUAUCUGCUAAAUCUGUAUCGCUUUCAUUUUGUUUGUUUACAAAUAUACUAUAACUGUUACUUUCAUUUUCGUUUCAUUUCAUGCUAUCACUCCACAUAAUUUCUUUCUUUUCACGCAUGUUCACUUUUUCACUUAGACUUUGAUUUACUUUUUAAUCAUACUCAUCAAACCCUUUUUUUCUAUUAUAUCACCAUUCUCCUCUUGCAUUUACUCUCUCUAUUUUAUUUAUCUUUCUUUAUAUAAUUUGUACAUCCUUGGCAAUCGUUACGGAUAGCCCGAAGCCGUAAGGUUUCUUAACUGGUCUUACCAAGGGGUAUCGGCUUGCCUGGAUAACUAGGUUGUGGUCUGAAAGACAGACGCUCCAUGUAAAACACUGAAAAUCUGCUGCAUCCAGUGAGACUGGUAACCGACCUCGACACAGGAGCAUGCUAAGCAAAUAGGCGCGUACGCACGUACGAACACGAACAUAGCGAACACAAACACCAGACCCGAACAUUUGGUUCGUACGUAUGGACGGCAUAUUCGAACACGAACGCAAACCUAGUUCGAGUCGAGUUCGCGAACAACAGUCGUGAACUCUAUCUUAGUAGCCAUGACGGCGCCGUUGGAAGUGGUCGAUUGUGAAGUUAUUAAAGCGCUUCGAACACCGUCCAUACAGAACACACUACAAGGAUCGCCGCGAACAUGUUUGACGAACAGAGUGUUCGAUGUUCGAUAGUGGUACGCACGUGCGAACCAAGUUGUUGCAUAUCAUGUAACGCAACAAAUUUGUUCGUACGUGCGUACGCGGCUAAUGAUAAUGAUGUCUGCACCAAAAUUAUUUUAACGACUUUAAAAAAACUGCAAGAAACGCUAUUAACUUCUAACUCUCUUUCUUUUUCUUCAACGAAUUAAUCACUUGUCAUAUUCUUGAAUCAUUUAUACAACCAAUGCUUCUUCUUAUUUAUUUUCCUAUCCGCCAUCAAUCUCAUUGCCAAUUCUUUAAAGUUUGUUUAUUCUCAGCUGACUUGUACUGUCUACUUACUUAUCUUAAUUUACCUAUACUGUUCCUAAUCUGUGUCUGACUUAUGUUUAUAAUUACGCAUUAUUAUGACGAUCCUUCUACAUUAUUUCAUCUAGUCUCCUUUUACAAUCCUUCUGUUUCAUUUAUUUCUUACUCUUUGUCUGUUGUUUACUUAUUCUGAACAAUCAAUUUGGACUAUAACUUACUUUUUUCAUAAGUGCCGUGAUGAUACUCUUUUCUUUCUUCCUCUGUUAACCUUACUUUUAAAUACAAUCUUUAUAUCUUAUAUUUUUUCCAUUUUACACGUUUUGUUCCAGUACUUUCUUAACUUUCUGAAUUUCAGUCUAUACCAAUUCUUUCUUUCUCUAUCAUACCUAAAUACUAUUUUCUAUCUUCUAUGUUCUAUGUUUUUUCUUAAUCUUCUAAUCUUACUGUUUAUUCUAUACUAUCUCUAGUUUUUCAUCCUCAUUCUCUAUUCUCUUACCUACUAUCAUUUUCUCUUUAUUUUACUAUCUUAUAUUUUCUUCUUAUUUCACUUGCCUCUUUUUCAAUAUACGAAAAUCAUAUUUCACUCACAGUAUAAUAAUCUUAUUUUAUAAUCUGUCACAAUCUAUUUAGGUUCGUUUUAAAUUUUCAAUCUUCAAUUUCUACUCUUCUUAUAUUUUCUAAUACCUAUUCUAUUUCUAUUCACUAUACUUCUAAUAUCUAUUCUAUAUCUGUCUUUUCUAUCUACCUAUCUAUUUUAUUUCAACUUUAGUACUUACUCAAUUAUUUUUCUUAUUUUUUGUUUCCUUUUAUGUAUUUAUCUUUUCUAUGGAUGUAUCUUUCUAUGUAUUUACUUUUCUAUCUAUCUACUUUAACUAUCUGUCCUAUUUUUAACUUAAACAAGAUUUCGAUCCACUUCUCUUUUACUUUCAUAUCACUUAUACCAACUACAUGUCUGUUUUUACUCUUAUAUUUUUUGAUAUCGUCUUUUACUUUCUUCUCUUUUUUUCAAUAAUCACGGCACUGAAUCAAAUUUUUUUGAUCAAUAAAUAUAUACAGUUUCCUAAAUCUUUAUCUUCUCUUACUUGCAUUGAAUUGAAAAUCUUCUUUAUUAUGUUCAAAUCUGUUAUUCUUACACAAUCAGCUAUUGUCUAUUUAUUUUCUACUUCUUUCAAGUUAUCAACUAUGAAGUAACUUUAAAUCUAUUUUAUUUCUCUGUCAACUUUCUGUCCUACUAUUUUUCAUCUUCGAUUAUCUCGAUUAUUACCUUUCUCCCUAUAUGAUGACGUUUAUCUGCCUGCUCACACUUCAAACCUACCUUCAUAAAUAAAUAUCAUAAUCAUAUCUACGUACAUACUCAAAUGAUUUUCAAGAAUCUUUCCAGUUCCUUCUCAAUAAUCAAAAUCAUCAUUACCACCAACAUAAUCUUCUUAAACUUCAUUUCAUAAAUAAGACAAGAUCUCUCAUCUCUCUUAUCUCUGUAAGAAUUUUACCUCUGAUACCUCUGUGAUUAAAAUUCAUCUUUAUUCUACUAUUACCGCCUUCCUUUUCCUCUCUGUUUAUUUCUUAUUUUCCUAAUUAUAUUCCUUCUAACAUCUCUUCUUAAAGCGUCUACAUGUGUCUACAUUGACAAAAUAAAAUUAUCUGGCAAGAUUUAUUCUUCACCAUAGUAUACAGUUUAAUAUCUAGGCGAAGAGUAGUAAGUAGGUGGAGAUGAAUCUACUUGACCCUACCUGCAGUCUGCAAUGAAGUAAAGUCAUGGAGCGCAGUCUCGACGCAUCGAGGACUUAUUCCUUUGCGAAAAAGGAAAGGAGAACACAACGCUGCUUCUAUACAUAGUAUAGCGUUAGCUUCCGUUUCAUACUCAUUGACCAUUAACACUACGAUGUUCAAAGAACCUUUCGAAGUUAUUCUAAUGCGUGAUGGCGUAUGACUUGUUCGUAGGUAUCAUCGUAGAAUUCAGUUUUGGUAUCGUCAGGCAUUUCAAUAUUUAUGAUUAAUUGUUUGUCCUCAUAAUCUAGCCAAACGCACAGGUCAAGUAGCACUGGACUAAGCAUUUCUUCCAGCACUUUUUAUUCUACUCUUACUUAAACCUAUCUUUUAUAUUCACUUGCUUCAAACUUUACUUGCCUUUCAACACUAUUUCUACUACUUCCCUACAACACCACUGGCUUUAUUUAAUCUACUUUGUACUUCCUUUCAUAUCUUUUCACUGACUUUAUUCUCUACUUUGAACCUAUACACUCGCUUUAUCUCCAUCCUUUUGAACUUCACGUUUUUAUUCUAUAUCUUCUCUUUUCUUCUAACUUCACUUUACACGCUAUAUCUAUUUUCCUUAUAUUUCACUUCUUCAAUACUGUACUUUAGUACUUCAUUUUCACGCUUUAUCUCUUCUUUCGACUUAAACGCUAUCUUACUACUCUUAGUUAUGCUAUAUCUUUCUAUUUCUAUUUUUAAUUUCACUUCUAUUCUAUUCUAAAUCUUGCUUUUACUACUUUCUUUUUCCUUAACUUCGCACUUAUUUCACCUUUUUUUCUGCCUUCUUUACUUUACAAUUUAUUUUUCUUACCCUCUGUCUUAUAUAUUUUUCUACUUUAUCUUUUUUCUUGCUUGCUACUUUAUUACUUUUUCACCUUCUGCAUGCUUCUCACUUUCAGCUUAUUUCUAUUUCUCAAAUCUCAAUUCCCUUCUUUUCCAUCUCUAAUAGACGCUUCUUAUCUCUCAUAUUUCUUUCUUCACUUUCUUAUCUUUUUUCACAUUUAAGAUUUCUUUCUUUUACUAUUUCUAUAUCUUUUCUCUUCUCUUCCUUUUCAAACUUCUGUUCUAUUCUACAUUCUUAAUAUUCAUUUUUCUUGAAACCAAGCUACCUGGUGCGAUUUAGAACAAAUAAUUGUUAAGUUUUGAUGCACAAUAUUGUUAUUUGUUGCUGUUAUAAUAAAUCAUUGUUGAUUACUCGAAUACUGUUGUUUUUAUAUUCUUUUUUCUAUUCGACGAUGAUAAAUAAAUGUGUUAAUAACGUG